UGCAGUCGUGUAGUGUGAAGGUUAAAGCAAUCCGACAGGUGUUCCUUGUUCGCAAUUCAAUCGUUAAAUAUCGGGCAAGAACGACUAUUUUAUUAGUAACGCGAAAGACGGCAAUAAAAUUAAUUAUAUUGAAAAUAAAUUUAUAAUAGCUAAAAAAUUUGCUUUUAUUGCGAUACUAGUUGAAUAACAAAAGAGGAGAAGUUCAAAAUAUAUUUUGCAUAACCAUACGCCAAACAGGAAGCAAUACUGGAGUAUUGGGAAAUAAAAUAAUCUCUAACUGGCUUUGAAACGUGUUUAUAGCACUUACACACCCUUUCAACUUUUCCAACAAAUAUGCUUCAAUCAGUAAUCUUCUGUAAGGGAUUCUUCUAUUUGGCGGCAUUUUCAGUGCUAACACACUUUUUAAUAGAGCCGGUGAUUGGAGUAGUCAAUGAAAAAGAAGAACAAUUCAGCAAUGGCGGGGUAUACAAAAAUGACUUUGAACCACUGAUAUUACACAAACGACCAUCUUUCUUUGUUGGCAGCCGAUAUGGCCGAUCCAGUGGCGGUGCUGCACUCAGCUCUUCGAAGACACGUCGUCUAAGUGUGGUACCUCGUAACGAUCGCUUCUUUUUGGGUUCACGGUAUGGAAAGCGCUCCGAAGAAAACUCCGCUGCAGAAUUCUAUUCGCCAUAUGAGCAAGAAAAUCAACUUGAUAACAAUAAUGCUCUCAACUCUAUUAAUGGUUUAGCAUUGCAACAUACCACUGUUAGCAAAUACCCAUACGGUGAAAAUAAUAAUUUGCUGGAAAAGCAACAACAAGAACAAAUACAAACUCCUUCAAUGAUGUCUUGUGUAUAUACUGGGUUGAGGAACUUUUUUCGCUGUCGCAAUAUCGAUGAGAUCAAUAACAUUAUCAACCAGUUGACGAUUGCUCAUAGCGUCGAGGAGAAAAAGUAAAUGAUAUAUGAGCAUUAUUAAAAGUAUUAAGCAGUUGCGGAUUUACAGCAAUAUUAUGUUUGGUUCACUCAUAAUAAUAUCACUCGAUAUAUUUUACGGCUAUACCAAUUCUGAAAAAUGAUUAUGCAGUGCUCUCGCGUUAACUCUAAUACCCACAAAGUCGCGUUUUCUUCAUUGACUACUUCUUAACUCUUUCCUUGAGCUUGAACAAAAGUUAAAUACAAUUUAGAGAUUUUUUACCGAAAUCACACUUGUACGUCAGCACCCAGUGGCCAACAACAAAUAAAUAAGUGCGUUCUCCAAUGAUUAAGGACAAGUUGCCAACAAUUAAAUACCUAAUCAUUGAAACUAUUGAUGAAUCGGACGAGCUCGGUAUUUUGAACAACGCUGCUUUUAAUUUAUGUGAUUUCAAGCGAGUGCGCUGUAAUUAAAAAAA